AUGCAAUCAAAAUUUAUGCUUUUUGUUUUUUUAACUCUCCUUUUUGCAACAUAUUCGGAAUGUCUUAAAUGUAAUAUGUACGUAAAAGUAAAAUCUUCUGCCGGUUUUGCAACUAUGGGAGGUAAUAAUGAAAAAAUUACUUGCGAGCGUGGUCAAAAGUGCGCGCUUUUUACUUUUGAAGACUUUAAAACCAAAGAAGGCUUCGUAGUAGCCUCGUGUGUUGAUGAAGAAAAUUGUGAGGGAGUACAAAACGGAAAGAAAGAAAAAGUUGAUAGUGACGAAUUUUUUGCAGAAAUGAGUAGACGUAAUAGGCAAAUGAUGAUACCUCCAAAAAAAACCACAUAUGAAGUAUCUGGAAAGUGUUGUAAGAAAAAUUUUUGCAACAAUCCUAAUAAAUCAAAUGACGAUGACGAAGAUAACUCAUCAUCUACAAAAAUGGCAAGAUAUUUUCUAGGACUAGCUUUACCAAUAAUAUUUUUAAAUGUUUUUUUAUGA